GCUGCGUGGGUCGCCAUGGGGACGGGGCUGUUCCCGGGGAGGCUGUGAUGGGUUGACAGGUGCGUGACAGUGGGAGCUGCUCUCGGCACAAGCAUGUACGGCAAAGGCAAGAGUAACAGCAGCGCCGUCCCGUCCGACAGCCAGGCCCGGGAGAAGUUAGCACUCUAUGUAUAUGAAUAUCUGCUCCAUGUAGGAGCUCAGAAAUCUGCUCAGACAUUUUUAUCAGAGAUAAGAUGGGAAAAAAACAUCACAUUGGGGGAACCGCCAGGCUUUUUGCAUUCUUGGUGGUGUGUAUUUUGGGACCUCUACUGUGCAGCUCCAGAAAGACGUGAAACAUGUGAACACUCAAGUGAAGCUAAAGCCUUCCAUGAUUACAGCGCUGCAGCAGCUCCCAGCCCAGUGCUAGGAAACAUUCCCCCAGGAGAUGGCAUGCCAGUAGGUCCUGUACCACCAGGGUUCUUUCAGCCUUUCAUGUCACCUCGGUAUCCUGGAGGUCCAAGACCACCACUGAGAAUACCUAACCAGGCACUUGGAGGUGUCCCAGGAAGUCAGCCAUUACUGCCUAGUGGAAUGGACCCAACGCGACAACAAGGACAUCCAAAUAUGGGUGGACCAAUGCAGAGAAUGACCCCUCCAAGAGGAAUGGUUCCCUUGGGGCCACAGUCUGACCCUUGGUUAUCAUUGCAGAACUAUGGAGGUGCAAUGAGGCCCCCUCUGAAUGCUUUAGGUGGCCCUGGAAUGCCUGGAAUGAACAUGGGUCCAGGUGGUGGUAGACCUUGGCCAAACCCAACAAAUGCCAAUUCAAUACCAUAUUCCUCAGCAUCUCCUGGGAAUUAUGUAGGUCCUCCGGGAGGUGGAGGGCCACCAGGAACUCCCAUCAUGCCUAGUCCAGCAGAUUCUACCAAUUCUGGAGACAACAUGUAUACUCUAAUGAAUGCAGUACCUCCUGGACCCAACAGACCUAAUUUUCCAAUGGGCCCAGGGUCAGAUGGUCCAAUGGGUGGAUUAGGAGGAAUGGAGUCACAUCACAUGAAUGGAUCUUUAGGCUCAGGAGAUAUGGACAGUAUUUCCAAAAAUUCUCCCAAUAAUAUGAGCCUGAGUAAUCAGCCUGGCACUCCAAGGGAUGAUGGUGAAAUGGGGGGAAAUUUCUUAAAUCCUUUUCAGAGUGAGAGUUAUUCCCCGAGCAUGACAAUGAGUGUGUGAUCCAUUCCCGAGCCUCCUCUGACAACAACAGUGAGUGAGCCUUCUUCACCGAACUACUCAGAAGAAAAUUAUUCAUCACCAUGUACAGUUUAACAAACAAAAGGAUCUCGGUCACAACCAAACCAACUCUAUUUUUUUCCUGCUCUCUCCCUUAUUUUGUGAAGAAAGCAGGUCCAAACGUGAUACAAACAACUGUACGGAGUGGCAUAUUAAAAUUGCCCUAAGUUGAACUGCAAAUAAUUAUCUGUGUAUGUAUAUGUGUGGGACAAUGAAUGUACUGUAUAUGUGUAUGCUAUAUAGACAUAUACAUGCACACAUACAUACAUGUAUCCACAGGACAUUGUAAAAUAAUUAUCACAUGACAUCUUAAGUAGAAAUAAGUAGGGACUUUUAUUCCGUCUUUUUUCACGUUUACAUUUUAAUUAUUAAAAGUUACUUUUCCCUCCCCCUGAACUAUUUUGUGCUGUGUAUAUCACUGCUUUAUAUAAGUUAUUUUUUAAGGUGAAUUCAGAUGUUAUGGUUUUGUAAAUGUCUGCGAUCAUGGAUAGGAAUAAAAUUGCUUAUUUGAGAGCUUUCAUUAAAUGGUGUCUGAUGCAAGUUAUCCUGUGAAUCACAAACUGUACUGUCUCAAGAAACAGAAGAAAACUUGUCUUGAUUUUUAUGUCAAAAUCUACCCAUUUCUCGCUUACUUUUGGUGCAAGUUUUUUUGUACUUUGCCUUUAGGGGACAAAAAGUGACUUUAAAUAAGGCCUGAUGCAGCACAUUUCUGCAAUUUUGGGUUAAAAUGAGGGUUUCAAAUUUACCUUAGUCUAAAAAAGAAACUACCAUUGCCACAGUUGUUUUACAAUGUAGCAAUAAAGCGGCAGUUGUCCCGUUUUCAGGAGCAUAUUUUGUGCUUGCCAUAAUCAACCAAGAAGGCAUAGCUAGGACAUUUACUUUAAUGUGCUGUCAUUUCUCACCAGAAAUACCAGAGUGAGACGUUCACUCACAUUGCUGUCAUGAAAUUUAUCCAGAUUGAUUGAAGGCAUCACACAGGUCAUGCCUAUGGGUUGGAAGCAAAUGGGUUGGAAUUGUGGCUUUCUACCGAAGGGAUAAAAAGGAAAAUUUUGCCAGUCUUGGAAAACCACUGUCGUUGUCUUUUCUGGUCCCCUGUUGACUUUUGAACCAGUAGAAGAGCUGAGAAAUGAUGGAUUAUUGGGCCUUUCUGUACACAACCACUUCACUGGCAGGCUCCUUCUGUGACCCUCCCAAACAUCUUGUGCUGAUAGAAGUGAAAGGAGUGGUACCUAUUUUGCCUCCCUUAUUGCUUUCAACAGCAUUCCCUGCCAAAGAGACAAUAAAUUGGUGAUUGAAAACCACAACUCAACCAUGAUGGUAAAGAGACAGCAUUUUGGUAGAACAAAAUCAAAAAGCCUGUAUUUGAAUCUUAACUCAUCUCCUUGCUCCCCAUAUCAUGUUGGGCAAGUCACUUAAGAUCAGAUGAUCAUAGAUUUUAGCGUGUCCUUCUCUGGAACUUGGUCUCCUCAUCUGCAAAAUGAAUGGGUCCCUCUAGGGAUCCCUGUCAGCUUGUGAUCCUGGAAGAGAACCUUGUUCAGUGGUAUUCUUGCUUUGUUGGGCUUCAUUAUGAAAAAUCCUCUUGAGAGGGGCCCAGCUUUCAACAACAGCAGAAAGGUGGGGAACGGUCUCACCUUAAUUUCUGAAACAAAAGCGAGUCAUAGAUCACCCUGUCAAAAUCGUGAUAUAGAAUAUUCAUCAGUGACCGUCUAGCAACUGCAGCUCCAAACUUGGGAGACUAUGAGAAGGGAUUUUUUGAUCUUAGGGGGGGAGAAUUUUCUGUCUCUUGUAGGAAAGGCCUAAAGUCUUUAAUAGUUUUUUUUUUAAAAAGGCAGAUUAUUUGCCCGUUUCUGGUCCUGGCUGACUUAUUUCUCUCAAAUCCUUAAUGAUUUAUUCCUCAAGAAAAUAAAGAUUUUCCCUGUGUCUGCUGGGGAUGCAAGGUACAGCUAACUGUUCAGUGAAGAAAAGAGCUGAAUUAAAUUUAUAGUACAGAUUUAAACUGUAAUAAAAUGAGUCACCAUGAAUCACAGAGAGCUCGGGAGCCCAGAACACAGGCCUGCACAGCAGGGAGCAGUCCCAAAGCCUUGAGCUGCAGAAGCUUUGCUUUCAUAUGGCACAUCCACCUCAAAUUUAUCUUAGUUAGAAAGUAUCCUAAACAUGACACUGCACAGAUACCUGGCUUUCAUCAAAAAUGGUCCCAAACCUGCAACUAUUUUUUAAGAAAAAAAGUGCCAAAAUAUGACAUUUGGAGAAUCCCUUCAUUCUUUUCUAAUCUUAUAGUACUGUAUUUCAGCCAUUUUGUUGACUCCUUUCCCCAUUUUUUAAAAUUUUGAAUUAUUUUUCUCAUUGAAUGAAGAAUGAUUUCCAACUUCAGAGAAUCAUGGACCUGAUUUAGCUAUUCUUAUUUAGAGGUGAGACUAGAAUAAAAAAGGGUACCAUUGGCCUCCCUGUUUCUAAGUCAUGUUGUAUGAAAUGCAAAACAAAAAAGAAUUUUCAAGAUAUGACAAACUCAUUGUUCCAUUAUUCCUUUUCCUUUUGGGGUCUUGCAUUAACACCAGCCAUUACAGACAAACACUUUCUAGAAGAAAAAAUGGUAUAUAUUUGGUUUAGUUUGCUUUAUCUUAAGUAAAAACAAGAUUAUUGAAGAAAGCACAGGAAAUAGAAUUUGCAUUCAUUAAGAUGAUCUUGUUCUUGAUAUGUCAAAAAAAUUCUGUGUUAUUUACAAAAAGAAACAAUAUAAAUCUGUCUGGGUUUUUUAUGUUCUGAUUUAUUAAACCCAGGUUUUCCUGCUACUAGGAAAAUCCUUCAACUUUC